CCCCCAAAUUCAGUUGCACAAAUUUGUAUCUAACUAAUUAAAAAAAAUAUUGAAUAUGAAAAUGAUAUGGAAGCACAUCUUUUCAAUCAUCUUUUACUUUAUAAUCAAUAAUUUUAAUACUUCAAUCAAUAUUAUUCAUUCAAAGAAUAUUAUUACAAUCAAUAAAUUAUCGUCAAAAUAUGAUACCUGUAAUUCUUUAUUAGCAAAAUGUUAUUGUGAUGAAUUAUGUACAAAAAAAUCUGAUUGUUGUUCAGAUUAUCCAUUAUAUAAUAAUAGUUUCCAUGACAACAAUAUUUUAACAACAACAUGUAUUAAAAAAAUUCAUUACGUCACUGAUUUACCAUAUAUUAUUGAAGAAUAUGAAGAUUUAAGUGAAGAAAUUUAUGCAAUUUCCAAUUGUCCAUUGAAUACAUCAAUGAAAAUUGCUUCAAAAUGUAAUCGUUCAAAAUAUAUUAAAAUACAAUUUAAUGAUUUGUCUACUUUAGAUAAAAAGAAUUGGGAUAUAUUCAGUAAAGAGUAUAUUUCAGGUAUUAUAUCAAAUAAGAUAUUAUUUCAUUUUAAAAUAUCUGAUAUACGUGCUAUUGCACCAGUUGUAUCACUAAAAACAAAUCGUAUCUAUGCAAAUAUUGAUUGUGCACAAUGUCAUGGUGAAUUAAAAUCUAUACCAGGUGAAAAUUUUCAUAAUUCUAUGAAAAAAUAUUUAAAAUUUUAUACAGUUAAAAUACGUUGUCAUUUAGUUGGUAAUAAUAAAUAUCGUAUAUGUCUUCUUGAUACAGCAUUACCCCCGAGUUAUUCACGUUCAUGUCCAACAUUACUUCGUUCUAAUAUAACACCAUUAUCAGUGUCUAAUAAACGUAUAAGAUGGCAUGAAUUUCUUGCAUUACCACAAAAAUAUUUAGGUUUUGAAAUGAAUACAAAUGAGGAAGAAAAAGAAGAAGAAGAAGAAAAGAAGUCUACAAUACUAAGAAUAACAGAGUCUAUCUUUGAUAUUCUACAAAUAAUCGUCAGUAUUUUUUCUGCUAUAUGCCUUUGUACAUUAUUGAUCAUUCAUGGGAAAACAAAAUCUUUAUAUCAAAAAUUAUCUAAUCAAUUAAUUAUGGGUUUAGCUUCAUCUAUACUUAGUUUAUUAUUAAUCUAUUUAACAUUACCAUUAAUUAUUGAAUAUAUUAAUAUAUUUAAUCGUCAAUUAUGUGUUAUGAUUGCAUUUUUAAUACAUUAUUUCUUUUUAUGUAGUUUUAUAUGGAUGUUAACAUUUGGUAUUAAUUUAUUAAAUACAUUCGGUGGAAUACAUACAUGUUUAUUAUGUUGUUCAUAUAUUAAAUUGAAAGUAACCAAAUCGAAAGAGAAAGUAGAUUCUAUUAAUCAUAGAUUUAUUUCAAGAGCAAUGCAAAGUAUGGUCAUUCAAUCAGCGAAACGUAGUGGUUCCAAUUCAAUGAAAAGCAUCGUCUUUUCUUCUUUACUUUCAAUCAUCUUACCGUUCUGUUUUGUGAUACCGGCUAUUAUCAUCAAUGAGAAAACUUAUCCCAAUGAAUGUAUACACGAGCAGCAUGUUGCUAAAAUGUUAAAUAAUGAAGUAGAUGAAUCAAUAUGUACAAAAAGUCAAAAAAUAUUGAGCUAUUUGACACCAGGAUUUUGUCCACCAGAGGAUUGUACAAGACCAUGGUUUACAAUAAAUGAAGCAUUUUUCUUAUGGUUUCUGGCGCCAACUACAGUUUUAUUAGCAUUCAACUGUCUUGUAUUGAUCAUCGUUGGAACUCAUAUUUGGUUUCUCAGUCAAAAUGAAUUGAAUAUAUCAACAGGUAUAGGAAGUGAAUCAGACACUAAUGAUUUUCCAAAACAAAGUCGAAAAAUGUUGAAAAUAUGUUUUAAUCUAUCGAUUAUUUUAGGUAUUGUAUGGAUAUUUCAAAUUUUAGCCAGUCUUUUACCUGACGUCCCAUUAAUUGGACGUGUAGCUAGUUUAGUUAGUAGUGCUCAAGGAGCUGCACUCACAUUUACAACUACUAGUAAUCUGAAAAGAAAAGCAAAAACAACAUGUGAAUGGACAAGUAUUUUCACGUUAAGUAAUAGUAAUACAAGUGGUACUAACCAUACUUUUCGUAAUUGGAUAAGACCAGAAAAGCUGAAAGCUAAUUCAUCAGAGAAACCUGAUUCAAAUUUACAAUCUACAAAAUGUGAUGAUAAUUAAUUUUCUUAUCAUAUUUAUCCAAUGACCAAAGUGUGGAAAGAAAUAUAGUUCAAUCAUAUUUAUCUACUUGCAAUUAUUCAGUAGUAUGAUGCGACAAUAUUUCAUUUUAUGUGAUGUUUCCCAAAAGUCCAUAAUUGCAUCUUUUUUUCUGUGCUAAAAUAUUAUAUUUAAAGUUCAUCAACUGUUUCGCAGAACAUAUAAUCAAAUUUUUGUUCUCAUGACAAGUUUGUUUUCCAUUCAACUUUGAUUACAUAAUAUUUACGAUUCUAUUUUCACACAUGAAGUUUGUAUUUCAGUUUUCAGGGUUUAAAAUUGUAAUCUUAUCAUUCUUUUUACAGUAAUUUGGUAACACUUCAAGAAUUUUUUGAAGCCAGAUUUAGAGACUGAAAAUUAGAUAAAACAUUCUCAUUGAAAUUGGAUAGUUGAUAAGUAAUACUUAUACCAAACAUCCACUCAAGUUGCAAUAAUAAAAAAAUUGGAAGAAAAUUAAAAGACAAAUCAGAAGGGGACUUGUGGAGAUUUCAGUAUAUUUCAAAGCUGAAAUCAUGAGUCAAUUGAAGCU